CCUCACUUAACAAUGUUUGGCUCUUUCCGCCAGUUAGGUCGCCUUUUGCUCCUGAUAUUGUCAUGUUGGUCUACGGUGCAGGCGGCUAUAUUCCCGUCAAUAGUAGAGGUGCAUCUAGUAUUUCCACGCAAUGAUACGUACACACCUUCAGAGCUUACACCUAUCGUUUUUGCCAUCUAUAAUUCGGAGCUUGCCGGGCCCCUUGACCUGAACUUCGACUAUGACAUCUAUCAACUCCAUAGUGCAAAUGGUUCUACCACCAGUGGGCUUAUAACUCUGAAAAAUGUGAAUUUCACUAAUACUAGCGACCCUUACUAUGCGUUCUCCUUUACAAACGCAUUCAACGCCACCGAAAGUGAAUGGGCAGUUGUUUGGAAUCUGAGUUCAGGGAACUGCUCAAACUCUUCGUCUAUUGACAAGAGUUCGUCAUCUAGCCUUACCUAUUAUAACCGGAUCGGCUUAUUAGAAUUCACCACCAAGAACGGUGCGCAGCAACUUGACCUCAACAUGGCUACUACGGCGGACGCCGACACUUGCGCCAAUAUCACGGAUAAAUACUUCACCUUCAACGUGACGAGAACAUUGCGCACAAACCCAGACAAACUUGACGGCCGAGAAACGUGUGCCGUCCUUGCACCUCCUUUCCAGACAUCUCCUACCACUGUAACCUCCUGUCCACCUACGGUAGCCGCUUCGGCUGUGUCUAGUAUAUCAGCAGCAAUUACCGCCAAGGUGUGCAAAGGCUUGCAUCCGGUGGUGAGCUGCCCGCCUGAAAACGCAGCAGCAGGACAAUUUCAAAUCAAGAAGAUGGCCUGGUUCAAAACGGCAGCUAUGAGCUGGCUUGUUUAUCGUCUUGUGCUGUGACCUUCUCCGGAUAUAUACCUAUCUAUUACAUACAUGGGUAAAUACCUCGUGGGGGACAGUUCGCAUUGGUAGCCUACCUACAUAGAGGCGUCGAGCCGAAUCUACAACACCAUAUGGAACACUGACGGGCGCUCAAAGUGUAAACCUGUCUAGGUUGGGCUGCAAGUCUACUGCGGGAACAGA